AGAGAGAGAGAGAGAGAGAGAGAAAGAGAGAAAGAGGGGAGAGGACCGAACCUGUUAUUAACCGGUAAACGCGCAGCCGCGCUCCUGUCAAGGUGGUGGUAAUGAACCGACGAGAAGGUGCAGAGAUUCGAAAUGCUUUUAAAGACAGGGAACGGUACGGUCAUCCGGCCGGUGCGAAAAUCAAAUGACGAAUCGCCCGAGAGAUCGGGCACGAUGCUUCUUCUUCCUCGUGUGUUUCCUUUCUCGUACGGUCCUCGAGCUUUUCGAUCGUUCUUCCAAUAGAAAAGAAGAAGAAGAAGAGGAGGAGGCUCGAUCGUGAUAUGUUGGAGAGGUGUUUCAGAGAAAAAGGAAGAGGAAAAAAGAGAAGGAGUUGUGUCGUCCUUGUGAUCGGCUAGAUCGAGAAAGUAAGAGAAAAAAGAUUAGGAAGGAAAAAAGGAAUAAGAAGAAAAAGAAGAAGAAUAAAAAAGAAAUAUAAGGAAGUAUGUCGUCGAACGGUGAGUUCUCGACAAUGUCCAGCGAGGAAAUGCCCUCGUUACCGAAGAGUCUACCGAGUUCUCGCGAGGCGACGGCCGAGGGUAGUUCCGGCUCGAGUGGCGGAUAUAUGCCGCUUCGAGAGUUCCUAGAUCGAUUUUCGCUACCGAGGGUCGUCAGGCUUGAAGGUACCAGCGGCAGGCCCGUCCUCCUUUACAAACAACAACAGAGAUCUCUUCGAGUAACUGCUACCUUACUGAUACAUCGAUAUCGACACGACGUUAAAGUAGGACCAGAAAUUGUCAUUCCUGAGGGUUAUCCAGGAUGGUUUUCUGUGAUAUCCGGUAAUAACACAACGGGUAGUGCACGCGUCUACAGAAGGGUGGAAUCCUUGGUACGAGCCGGUGUACCAGCUUUCCUUCUGGCGGCGCCAUUGAGAGCAUAUACACUUACGCACUCGAAAAUGGAAAAUGGGAAUCUUCGUGCUCACUACACAAAAACUACGAUAAGAGCCGGUGAGAUACUGCGACUGAUAGCCGUUUUUCAAGAUACGAGAAAAUGCACCUCGGUUACUUUCGGUAUCUCCGGAGGAUCAUCGGAGAGAGAUCAAUACGCGCAAUGUUUGGAUCCUCACGGACGAGAAGUGUUUGCACCACUCUCAGCGAGGGGUGAAUUUUACGCGAUAUGUCAGAACGGAAGUACGGAUACUGGAAGCGAUGCAGUGCUCUAUAAAGUUCAUCAUCUUGCAAAGAGGCCUUUACCUUUGAGAGUACGACUGAUAGCAGGUCCACUGCCGGUUCCAUUACCAAGAGAAUAUGGUGGUUUGAUGCAAUUGGAAUCUUCAACGCGUGGUCCUAUCGUUUUAGGAUGUAUAGUUCCAGAAAGGCCGGUCCAUAAUCCAGAAAUGUUGGAAUUAGUAGUAUCUGGUAAUGGUGCACCUAGAGUGAGAAGAGCACGAUUAGGUUAUCCAUCAGAAGCAAGAUUGUUGGCAUCACCGAAGAUGCAAAGACUCCUUGCCGCGUGCAGCCGAGCAGUCGGAGAUCGUGCAACGGAACCACGAGUGGCACCUUUGAAAUUACAUCCAAGCACGGAGAACUUAAAGGAGAUGCAUUUGAAGAAGAUCAAGCCGAAGCCGGAAACGAGACCGAUACUUCAGAGUUUGAGGGAUGGCCUGGAGCAACUGAAGAAGACUACUGUUAGGGAAAGAAGCCGGACGAGGCAGAAUUCUGGAAAUGGUUUUCUAGAAAGGAUCUCGAAGCUUGCUCAAGGUAGUCGUAGCAGAAAUCCCGCUAAGAAAUCAGCGUCGUUCACAUUCGCUGUUAGACCCGAAGUCGCUAUGAAGUCUCAGGAACGCUACUCCAGUUUGGAGCCAGAAACUACCUCUCGACAGAGUCGCGUGGACUCUUCCAAACAACCUGUACAAAGAUCGGUGUCGACCAGUGUCUUGGAGGUUCCACCAACGAGCGUCGAACUUCAACCGAAUUAUUCUCGCGUCCGUGACAGUCUGACACCUCUUCCGCCAGUUCCACAACCGACGAAACCCAAAGCCGAUGAGAUUUAUGCAGAGAUAUGCGACAAUAACACGACUGUCCAGAUACAAAACUGUCCUGGAAGUCACGUCAUGGCUAGCAUUAAGAUUAUCGUAAAGGGUAAUGACGCUCCGUUGGAAGAACAAAAUCCAAUCCGCAAGAAUAGAUAUAUCAAUUCGAUAAUAAUUAACGAUCAGAUCGACUCAAUUAUCAGCACAGAGGACGAAGUUAUUUACAAUACGAUAUUUUGAACAGAUUGGAUUACGAUCUAUCUAUGUAUUUCGAUUAUUCUUUUUUUUUUUGGAGCCAUCAGAGAUACCAUUUAGAAAAUAGAGAUGGGCUGUGCUUCGUGAUCAAUAUCGCACCGAUCGUACUUCUCUCGUAGUUAUUCUUUUUCAAUUUGUAUUAUAUUUACGUAAGGAAAAUUCUUUGGAAUAAGUAUGCGUAAGUUUAGUUACGAGUCUAAUAUACUUUGUACAUAUUUUUUGCCACAUGCGUUAACUGUAAUAAGGCUACGUACGCGCGCAUAUUAAAACUGCAGAUCGCUCGAUGUAAUU